AUGUCUCCUAGCUCAAGGUUGAGCGGAACUUUCAAACAUUUUCUUGCAAUUCUGUUAAACUUCUGUUUUGAAACUAUGGAAAAACAAGAGCCAGUAACGCCUGCAGGUCGGUUAUUCUUACAGGAAGAGAUGAAUGCGGUAAUCAAUUGUGUAAUCGGUCUGAAGCAUCCUAUCGACGAGUACACCAUAAAAACCGAAAUGAAGAACUCAAUCAUGCUCCAACAUGCAAGAUUUCGAAGUAUAUUAGUCAAAGACAAGGAAGGAAGAGAAUAUUGGGAAACAAUAACCGAUUUAAACAUAGAUCAACACAUAUUCCUUGUCAAAGAUAUCGAGAAAAUCUAUGGUCAGAGAGAUGACUGUAAGAAUGACGAUACCAUGUUAGUGAAUAGUUACUUGGCAGAUCUUUCAGUUUCGACUCCUCUUGAUAUCCACAAACCGCUCUGGGAACUACAUCUACUGAAGGAACAAAAGUGUGCAAUAUUGAGAGUUCAUCAAACCACUCCGAAAAGGACAUCAUUGAUGCUUAAAGAAAUUAAGAAGUCACUAACCGUAUUAUCCAUGGCGUUUUUGACGGAUUUCAUAUCAUCCAUUCUGAACCUUGCAGUAGCUGCCUUUCUAGGCCAAAGUUCAACCCCAGAUCCACCACUUAACUUCGUUUCAGCAUCUUUCACAAACAAGUUACAAGAGGGACUUCGAAUCACAGGAUUGGGAAUGGUUAACCUCAGAAAACAGCCAGGAUUGCAAGAUAUGUCAGAAUUGGUGAAAAACAAACCACUAUCAAGUUGGUGGGGUAAUAAAUUUGGCUUCAUUUUGCUCCCAAUUUAUCACCAUAAAAACGUCGAUAAUGAUCCACUUCAGUAUGUAAGGAGAGCUAAAGCCAUGCUUGACAAAAAGAAGCUCUCUUUAGAAGCUCAUUUCUCUUAUACAUUUGGAAAUUUAGUAAUGUCGCUUUUGGGUCCUAAGGCUGCAAUGUUGCUUAAUUACCGAGUUGUUUGCAAUACAAGUUUUACGAUAUCAAAUGUUGUUGGUCCAAAAGAAGAGAUCAUGUUUGGAGGAAACCCAGUAACUUCAUUCAGAGUAACCUCAACUAGUUUACCCCAUGCACUCACAAUGCAUAUGCUGAGUUACGCUGGAAAUGCAGAGUUGCAAAUUCUUGUGGCUAAAGACAUAAUACCAGACCCUCAGUUCCUUGCCAAGUGUUUUGAAGAUGCAUUGCUCGAAAUGAAAGACAUCAGCUUUUGGCAAGAAGAUAAAACAACAUCUGGAAUGAGUCCACCCUCAAAACUAACAGCUCUUCUGGAUAUACCGCCUUAA